GCGCUGAAUCUGGAGCCUGCAGGAGGGUGUUGCUGUGAAGAUGUCGCAUCUAACUGGCGACUGUAUUCACUUGGAAUCAGUGGGCGAAGUAACAAAAGACGAACUAAUCGAGAAAUCACAUGGUACUUGUCAAGACUGUAAAGUUGGAGGGCCUAACCUAUGGGCAUGUCUGGAGAAUGGCUGUUCCUAUGUUGGAUGUGGAGAAUCCCACUCUGAUCACAGCACCAUUCAUUCGCAGGAAACUAACCACAAUCUCACUGUUAACCUUACCACCUUGAGAGUCUGGUGUUAUGCAUGUGGAAAGGAGGUGUUUCUGGAGCGGAAACUUGGACCUCCACCAAUAGUGCAACGUGGGAGACCACCACAGGUGCAUGAACACCAGGACCCAUCUCCCUGUAAUCAGAUGCUGAAAGCUCCUAUUACGCUAGUGGGACGUGACCUAGAUGCAGAAUAUGAUGACAUGAAGACAAGAGGUCUCACUGGAUUGAAAAACAUAGGAAAUACUUGUUAUAUGAAUGCAGCUCUUCAAGCUCUUUCUAACUGCCCACCCUUGACUUUAUUUUUCCUUGAAUGUGGAGGCAUGGUGCAAACAGUUAAAAAGCCAGCUCUAUCAAAAAGUUACCAGAAGUUGAUGGCAGAAAUAUGGCACAAGAAUCGCCCCAGCUACGUUGUGCCUACAAACCUGUUCCAGGGAAUUAAAACAGUGAAUCCAAUGUUUCGGGGAUAUUCUCAGCAG